UUCGCAAGAUUAACUUAGCAGCAAGAAGUCUCGAUAGGACAGCAUUAACUGCAACGAAUCCCGUUUAUCUGACUUUACUGAUUAUUCUGAUUAUUUGGUGAAACUAUGCUGAAAAGAAGCAGUCGGUUACAGUCUAAUGGCUAUUAUAAUAGCACCGGCGAACCAGUCAUCUCCUAUAAGGAGAGACUGUAUGGAGUUUUCAAAAGGCGUCGAUUUCAUUUCCGAAACGGCGAAGAACGUCACUUUGAACAUGACUUGGAGCAUAAAAUUUGCACAAGUGACGCGGAGCCUGGAUGUGGCUCAACAAAAAGAAAGACAUUUCUCCUCAUCUUUCUGGUCUUCUCUUUUGGUCUACUCUUCAGUCUGGCAGUUUUCACCGGCAUCUCCUCUGUCAUUGUGACAAAGAUAUUCACUACAAGCUCCAAGCAGGCUUGGAAACAACUCGAGGAGCUUCAAAGUGAACUGGCCAGUCUGAAAGAGAAAAUAGACUUUCUAGUUCCGGUGGCAGACAGGAUGCCAAACUUUGCCCUGGAGUCACUCGGAGCUAGAAUAAUUUACGAUAAGACGUCAGAAAGCUAUCCCCCUGAUAAACCGGUGCUACGAAUCUUUGGUUUCACGUUGAUUUGUCCCAACCAGCGACCAUACAGAAGCCCAAGAAUCCUUCUUGAGGGCCGGGCACCAAUGCUUCCAGGUCAGUGCUGGGCGUUUGGUGGUAGCCAGGGACAGAUUUCAAUUGAACUGGCCCAAUACAUCACCAUCAGCCACGUGUCACUGGGGCACAUACCACAGAUGCUAUCUCCAUAUCUGACCGUGUCAAGUGCGCCCAGGAAGUUUUCAGUAUUUGGAAAUCAACAUGCUGAGGAUCCAGUCAUUUAUCUGGGUACCUUUCAAUAUAACCCAAAGGGAGGGCCGCUUCAAACAUUUAAGAUAGCCGAAUCUAACAUCAGUGUGGUGAAGUACGUGACACUACGGAUUCAUGACAACUGGGGCAACUCCCAGUACUCGUGUAUCUACAGUUUUAGAGUUCAUGGCAAACUAGCAUGGCAUGAACACUAAAACUGUGGAGACAUGCAGGACUGUGGUGGAGUUAAGUAUAAAUGGAAAAAGAGAGAAACAUCCGUCCUCCACGUAACUCUAGUUAACAGUUUGUAGUCUGAUGCGCCUCACACCCAGCCAGUCGUCAUAUUGUUGGG